GACGCAAAGAGUAGCAGUAUCUUGUUCACUCCAGUGGCCCAACCCGUGUUCCGCCCGCUUCCUCCUCUCUGCUCGAGGGUGUGUUUUCGUUCACGAAUCCACUCCAGUGACAGUGACAGGCUGCUAAUUGCUUCAAAACUCGCAAGACCGUAUAGCUAACUACCUGAGUGACGUUUUUGCCAACUGCGCUGACUAAAGAUGUCGUUCGCCAGAAAGUUCAUUGGAGGCCUAAUUAAUGUCAUCGGCAACAUCGAUCCAGCCCAGUUUAUUCCCUCUGAACCUCCUGCACCUCGCAGACCUCUUGCAUAUGCAGAACAGCAUGAAAGCGAUGAAGAGAAACAGUUCCGCAGAGUCUUCCAGCAACUCGCCGGAGAUGACAUGGAAGUUAGCCCAACUGAACUCAUGAACAUUCUAAACAAAAUCAUUGGAAAGCAUGGUGAUCUGAAGACAGACGGUUUCACUAUUGAGUCUUGUAGAAGCAUGGUGGCAGUCAUGGACAGUGAUAGCACUGGAAAACUUGGCUUCCAUGAGUUCAAAUACCUCUGGAAUAACAUAAAGAAAUGGCAGGGAGUGUACAAGUCCUAUGAUGCUGAUGGAUCUGGUGUUAUUGGGGCAGAUGAGCUGCCCAAUGCUUUCAGAGCUGCUGGGUUUCCUCUCAGCGAACAGCUGUUCCAGAUGAUAAUUCGCAGAUAUAGUGAUGAGAAUGGCAAUAUGGAUUUUGACAACUACAUUGGCUGUCUCGUAAGGCUGGAUGCCAUGUGUCGGGCCUUUAAAACGCUGGAUAAGGACAACAAUGGCACUAUCAAAGUCAACGUUCAGGAGUGGCUUCAGUUGACCAUGUAUUCUUGAGCCUAGAGGCUUACUUGGACUCGUUUUGUUUAGAUGUUCCUUAUAUAUAUUUUUUGCCCUUAUAACAACUUCCCUAUUUACUCAUCACCCUCACCGUUUCUUGUUUUUAAAGCAGUACCUGUUGACGAAACUUGCAGGAUUGCUAACUGUGCCAUAUUACUUGUAAGGCAGAAAAAAUGCUGUAUCAACCCAGGGAAGCACAAACGUUCACUGACAAAUGUACUCAUCGGUGAGGAGAAAGCAUAAACCCAGUGUGAUUGACUGCAUGUUGCAUUUGAGCUAUACAAGUCCAAAUGAAAUGUGAAGAUGCGAGUCCAAACCUUAGACUACAUGUAAAAUGGGUGGAGUCAAAUGCAUCAUUUGUGAAAAACAUUUACAGUAAAAUUGCCCGGCACACUUUAGUCCUCAUGCUUUAGAAGUUAAAACAUCAUAGUCUAAUUUACAGACGUUUAAUUGCCAAAAAUGUAUCUUUUUAUCAUUUUUAGUUUUACAUUAUAUCAAAUAUAGUGUUGUCACGUUAGCCUGCAAAUGCUACCUUUUGAUAAAAAGAUAAUGAAAUACUAACUGUAUAACAAAUCAUGGAAAUCUAAGUCUAGGCCUGUCAUGAUAAUUACUACAUUGAGUUAUCGCCCGAUUUUACAAAAACUAUCGUUAGCCAUUUUAUAUAUUGACAACGUAGCUAUUUUUUAUAUUGACUUAUUGUCUAAUAAAUAAAAUGGCUAAAAUGGUUUUGUUUUUCAGGGUGCAAUAAAUGAUCAUCAACAUUCAUUGCUGCUGCCUUGUUCUCUCGCUCCCUCUUUAAGCAAAUUUAUUCUCUGCUGGAGGCGGUACUCACACACGGAGAAUUUUUUGCAUCGAUUUGGUCCAAGUGACUUUACCGAUACAGAUAGUAUUUAAUAUUUAAGUUAGAUGGCUCAUUGAACUGCUAAAUCUAAUUUUUGGGGGGACCUUAGAGUGUCUCUGUGAUGAUUAAUAUGCUGUCGUUUAUCGAUCUUAAAAAGUUAUCGUGACAGGCGUAGUUAUAUCUGGUGAAUAUAGCAUGAUUACACAGUCCGACACAAUGUUAAGUUUGGACAGGCUAAUAUUGUCAUUUUAUCUUUGGUAUUAGUUACUGCAAUGUGCCCACCGUUUUAAGUUUACCAUUAGUUAUCACAAUGACUAUGCAUAAUGUAGAUAUGCCUGCACAAGCAUAAUGUGUGAAUUACUACACAAUAUAGCAGCUGUGUAUGCCACUAAUGCAUGCAGCCAAUAAUUGAUGUGCCUUUUUUUUGUCAUUGUAGCAACAACCACUUCAACUGCUCAAUGAAAUAGACAUUUGUGUGCUGAGCUUGAAAUAAAAAUGUUACAUGUG